CGUUAGCAGCGCCGCAAAUAAACUACAUUUCCCAAAAUGUUGGGAAACGUUUGUAGCUUUGUAGCAUCGAAGGUCACACGCGUGGUUUUGAACCGAUGUGCUGCUAUAAAACAGAUAAAAACCUUAAUGCUAACCAACAAGAGUGCGGUUUAUUAUACAGACAGUAUCUGUUUGUUUAUUGUGGUAUUUCAUCUCGUGAGAUAUCUUAAGAAAUCGCUUUGCGAAUCGUCUUUUUUUUAUUUUAAACAGUAGUUCUUAAAACGUCUUUAUUUAUUUGAGUGGCGCUAUGUUUAGGGGUAUUGUUCAACUUCGAAAUUCUUUUGGAAAUGUAAUUUCAGUUUGUAAAUCGUGUCCUAGUAAUCAGUACUCCAGAUGUUUGUCUAAAUACUCCACUGCUUCCACAGAGAGGAAGAGAUUUUAUCAAGAUGUCAGCAUAUCUCAAGGAGAUGAUGGUUUGUAUGAAAUAAAUCUAGAUAGAAGGAAGCUUAAAACUCCAGGAGGGAAGCUGUUCACGGUACCAAAUGAAGCCCUGGCCAUCGCCGUGGCAACAGAGUGGGAUGCUCAAAGGGAGACACUCAAGUUUUACACCAUGCACUUGACCACUUUGUGCAACACAGCUCUGGAUAAUCCCACCCAACGCAGCAAACAGCAAAUGAUCAAUUCAGCUUUGAAGUUUUUGGAGACUGACACGAUCUGUUACAGAGUGGAUGAGCCUCUUGGUUUGGUAGAACUGCAGAAGAAUGAGUGGGACCCGGUUCUGCACUGGAUGGAAAACAGAUACAAUGUCACUAUUGGAUCUUCAUCGAGCAUUUUGGGUCCUGAGAUUCCACAGGCGACCAAAGACACUUUUCAACAGCACCUGAGUUCAUACAGCCUCUGGUCGCUGACAGGACUUGAGUUUGUGAUCUCGCAGCUGAAGUCUAUUUUGCUCUCGCUGGGGAUGGUGGACCGAUACCUGACGGUGGAGCAGGCUGUGCUGCUCUCCAGACUGGAGGAGGAAUACCAGAUUGGGCGCUGGGGAAACGUGGAAUGGGCUCACGACUAUGACAUGUAUGAACUCAGGGCGCGGACCGCCGCCGGAGCUCUCUUCAUUCAGCUUUCAUCUGAGAAUUUAACCGUCAAACACAAAAUAAUGCAGGACUGAUUAUUGUUUGCAUUUACCUGAAACACACACAAAAAAGCAGUCAACCCAAGCAAGAAAUUAAAGGCAUUUUUCAGUGUAAUACUUUAAGAACAAAUCCCACCAUCCGAUUGAGUAUUUCUGGUUGUUCUGAAUAAUCUGUGACACUUUGGACCCUAGCGUGUGGUUACAAGGGUGAAUCCGAUGCUUUUACUUUGUAAUUACAUUGUUUGUGUAUUUAAAUUCUGCAACAUGCAAAUUCUGUCUUACUUCAUUUGUUUGGUACAGAUUCACUGCACCUGAAAAAAAACUUAUUUGAAUAAAAGGAAAUAUUCUGCAACCAAAA